AUGCGGCUGUUGAACACCGCUUUGAUCCUCUUGCCAGUUGGCGCUACAGCUCUGAAAGCCAGAGAUGCUGACCUCCCGCUGGCAUACACUUUGCAAGACGACAGGCUCAAAGGUGAUGUGAACACAGUCGUCACCAAGAUUCUCGACCUUGUCCAAGCAGAUGGCUGGAUUGGACCUGAGACUAUUGAGUCCGGAAAUCGACUUAUCUGGGCGCGCACACUCGUUUUCCUUGGCUUGACGAACCUCGUUGACGCUGAUCCGGCAACUUACGAGAAGCCUAUCCUUAGUGCUCUGUACCGUUUCAACGGGUUGAUGAAUACCAUGCUGAAGAAUAAUGGCACGGGCAUGAUAUAUCACGACGGUGAUAAGGUCAGUGCGGAUGAUUAUGUGUGGUUCCGUUCUCGGUCGCAGGAUAUGGUUGUUAGCCUGCAGUGGAUGCUUGAUCACUAUCCUGGAAACCAGACUGAUAUCUUGAAAGAGAAUAUUGAUAUGAUUCAUCAGUACUCUUUCAAGUGGGAGGGAUGGUAUACCGAGCAGAGCUAUAUCAAAGCUGACCUCAACACUGUUCCAGCAUCUUUGGCCGACGAGGAAUGGCCUUUCUUGCAUGGUGUGACGGUUGCUGAAGGCCUGAAGUACGCGGCUGUCUUCAGACGAUCGACCAAGAAUGACAGCCUUAUCACAACUGCGAAGAACGGUGUUGAUUGGACAUUCAAAUACCACGGCUCGGCGUCCGGUACCAUCCUGGCCGAUGAACGGCUCGCUGGCUUGAACCCGUUCUAUGGAUCCGAGCUCUGCACGGAUGUCGAAGCAAUCUAUUCGCUCGCCUACAACUAUUUCGCACUCGGCGACCCGACUUACGCAGACCGCGCGGAGCUGGCCGCUUUCAACGCUUUGCCUGCGGCGAUGUGGCCGGACUGGACUUCGCACCAGUACAUGACUGAGCCGAACCAGCCUUUCGCGAAGAAUCUCUCUGCUUCGCCGUUCUGGAAUGUCAAUACUGUCGGCCAGUCUUUUGGAGUCGAGCCGAAUUACCCUUGCUGUACCGUCAAUCACCCCCAGGGAUUCCCCAAGUUCACCAUGUACAGCUAUUUGAAGAACGGGGAUCAGGGACUUGUCCAUGCUCUGCUUAGUCCUGGUCAAGUUAAUACGCAGAUUGGAGGCAAGGACGUCACUGUGGACUGCGAAACCGAGUAUCCUUUUGAUACUACGCUAUCCUACACCGUGAACAGCGAGACAGACUUUGACCUCUACCUCCGUGUCCCGGAGUGGUCAACCGGUAUCAAGAUCAACGAUGCAUCCGCGGCAGUUGACCUCAAGACCAGCCUCACCAAAAUUCAAGUUCCCUCCGGAAAGUCAACAAUCAAAUACGAGAUCGGCAUGGAUCUCCGAAUUGAACCACGCGCAAACGACACAAUCGCAGUUUAUCAAGGCUCGGUUCUCUACAGCUUGUAUAUUUCACCCUUUAUCUCGAGCGGUCCUCCUAAGUUUUAUAAUACACAGCAGGCGUAUCCAGAGGGAACAUACCCAGCUGAGAUGCAGGAUCAUAUGAUGACAAACGGCACAGAGUGGAACGUCGCAAUCGAUCCCUCCACUCUGCAGUUCCAUGCUGGCGAGGGAUCUUUGCCAUCGCCUACUUUUGAUGAUGGGAAAUUGCCCAUGUCUGUCACUGCUAAGGGCUGUCUCAUUGACUGGCCUCUUUUCAAGGAUUCCGUCCCGGCGGAUCCACCCGCCAAGAAUGAUCGCCAAUGUAUUGGGGAUACUUUCGAGGCUGUCUUGAGGCCGUAUGGAAGUUCGAAGUUGCAUAUGUCUGAUCUCCCUACUAUUGAUAUUGCUAGUUAG